CACACUUAAAAUAAAACAGUUCAGGGGGAAUAGUGGCCUCCCUUUCUCUACUUAACCUAGGGCACGACGGCCACCGAGAGAUCGGUCUGUGACUCAACAUCAAAGGGUUCUAAUAAAAGCAAAGGAGAAACUUCCUUUUAUUAUUUCCUUCUCUCUAUCUCUCUCUAGUGUCUCACAAAUGAAGAUUUUAGAGGCCAAUGCUGGUGCACUCACAAAUUUUGAGGUCCUUGAUUUCUUACGAACUAAAGGAGCUUCAAAGGAUCCAACAAGGGUUAUUGCCAAAGUAGCUCAGUCUGAAUACAAGGUUUAUGAUUAUUUGGUUGACACUGCUGCCUCUGAUCAAACAAGAGAGAGCAUCAACGAGUUUUUGACUAGUAUUAAACAGCAUGACCUAGCAAAAGCCGAGGUUCUGAACAUAUUAAACACUAGGCCAGCUGCUGAAGUUGAAUUAUUCCCUAUCAUAGAGAGUUGUGAGGGGCGUCUUCCAGAUGAAGAGGUGACCGAAAUAGUAGAGCUGGUGACAAGAACAUUGCCGCCACCUCCCAGUAUGAAGCAGGAAGAAAUCACCAAGGUUGACGAAGAAACUGCUACAUUAAAAAAUGAAAACGAUGAGGUUUUACUAAACUACGAGCGCGUCAUCAUCUUCUUGAACUCCUCGAAAUUCACGCUGCCGUCGCCGUCGGCAUCAUGCGUCGCACCUCUUCCGUGGUCGUUUUCGAUCCCAGCGCCGCCAUCAACUCCCUCAGCUCCGCGGACGAGAUCUUCCCGUCGCCGUUCUUGUCGAACUUGUUGAAGAUCUUGCGCACCUCGUCGUCCAUGGCGACACCGAGAGAGAAAAAAAAAACGAAAACCAGAAAACUGAAGAUUUUGGGGUUGGGUGAGUUCCGCUCCGCUGGUUGCGGUGACUCACUCGCGCUUUAUAGAAAGCGCGGUUAUGCGAUUGGAUGAGUCAGGCAAACGCGUUAAGAAGUUGU